UACACUCGAAUUCUGAAAACGUUCGUUCGUAAAUAAAACGGCACAAUUAAUUACGCACAUUGAUCAUCGCGAUCGACUGGAAUGGUGUAAACAUGGCGUCUGGAAUUAUACAGUGGAAGGAUUAGAUUGAAGCCACCUCAUCAUUUUCAUGGAUAUGAGCUCACAUCAGUGAUAAGAAUGCCUAGAACACGCGAAGGAGAGUUUCCUCUCCCAGGAGGAUGGGAAGAAGCUUGUGAUGGCGAUGGAAAAGUGUAUUUCAUCGACCACAGUACGAGAAAGACAUCGUGGAUGGACCCUCGCGACAGAUUAAUCAAACCAUUGACAUUUGGAGACUGCGUAGGUGAUGAGCUGCCAUUUGGAUGGGAGGAAACAUUUGAUCCAUCAAUUGGUGUCUACUACAUCAAUCAUUUAAAUCAUAACAACCAAGUGGAGGAUCCUCGGCUGGUGUGGAGGAAGGACCAAGAGUUCAUGCUGAAGGAUUACCUGCAGACCACCGGCCAGACCACCGGCCAGGACGCUCCCAGAGGCCUCACCCAGACCAACCUCCAGUCAAGACACUUGCUAGGAGACAUACAGGAGCAUGGAUUGCAUCUUAGCCAAGAAGAGAUUCAAAGAUCCAACGAGGCUCUUAGUGGUUGGCAGUCGCAUACAAGCUUGAAUUCCAACAGUUCCAGUGGAAGCACCAAGUAUGACCCAGAUCUCUUAAAGGCCCAGGUGGCCCAUGCCAAGGCUAGGGUAGCCCAAAUCAAGAAUGAGCUGUUUCAGGUCCAGGCCCAGAUCUUCAGCCAAGACAGAGGCGGAAGGCUAUCUGAUCCCAGUGUACAAAUACAACCACGUAUGCUCAACAUUAAGCCUGCUAUCAGUGAUCAGGAAUUGCUCAUGUCCAUGUCAAGGCUCGGGCAUCGGAUGUCGUCGACCUCCAGCCUGCCGACAUCGUCGUCGCAUCCCCAGUUGACGAGUUCAUCCCAGUACGACCUGUCACAAUACAAACAAUCUAUCAAUGCACAGCAGCUGAGACAGUUCAACCAAGACCCUAACAGAAGCUUGUCAAUGGGUACCCUCUCGUCAAGCUCUAGCAGAGGAUCGCUGGGUCCUUCAAGCAGAGGAUCAUUAGCCUCCAGCAAAGGCUCUCUGAACAGUGCCCUUAGUAAUUCCGAACUCAACAGUAUCCCAGAUAUGAAUGACAUCAUUCAACAGAAGGUUGAUGCAUUGUUACAAGGUGGUAUUGAAGGCCUAGAUUACCAGAGUCUAUCUAACACCACUCACCAUCACCAAACCUCACCACGCCCUCAUCAUUACUACAACCACCAGCAACACCCUCCUCAACAACAAAUGCAACAGCAACACCAACAACAACAACACCAGCAACAUCCUCAGCCACACCCGGCAGCCCGACAAGGGGAACCCUUUGUGCCUUCACUAUCACCUAGAUCAUCUCUCUCCUCCAACUCGCCCCCCGCAUCACCGGGCGGAGGAACAGGGAACAAACUUGGCGCCCCUGUGUCAGGAAGUGACGGACCCCACCCUGGUAGUAACGCCCCUCUCCAGUACGAAGGCCGACCUCCGACGUACCAUCAUCACCUCACGAACAUGCAAAGACAUAGCAAUAGGACUGAUAUUAUUAAACCCCCACCUGACUUGGACGGGGAACAACUGGCAGCCUACCUCUCACAAUUGCAGCUGAGCAUGCAGGAUCCCUCGUUGGGGGUCGGAGGUCAAGGUUUACUGGGAGGGUACAGCAUAGCGAGACCAGGACUCGAUCUCAAGCAUGCCACCUCAGAGUACAGUAGUCAGGAAGGUUAUCUCAAUGCGCAGCUAAGCCCUAUAAGUGAAGGAGUAGAUUUAUUACCUGGUCAGUCCGUAGCGGCUCCACGAAGCGUAUCAGCAGCGGUGUCUGAUGAGUCCAUGGCUGGAGACAGUGGGGUCUAUGAGGCAUCGGCUAAAAGGCCUGGUGAGGCAGGUGUGGAGGAAGUUUACGACCCUGCGAACUUUGACAUGACCCAGAUCCUGCUUGGCUGUCAGUACGACCCCCAGGACGGCUUCAUAGUGAUCACGCUGGAUAACCUCAAGAACUUCAGGGAGCUACUACCAUCUCAGAACACUCAGUUUUUCAUCAAGGGUAACAUCCAGCCCUGCCCUCCCAACUCCAACCUGAGCUUCCAGACCCCGCCCCUACAGCACAUGGGUGCUAUCACCAUCUCCCUGGGUCACAAGGUCACCGUUCCUAUCAAGGAUACCGAGCUUCAUGCCCUCACCUUACAGAUAUACAUCUGCUUCUGUAAUCCAGAUGGGCUGGAAGAUUGUCUGGCUGGGACUCAGAUCAGUCUCCUAGAUGCCUGCUUGCUGAACCCUGCAGCUCCUAGAUGGUACACCUUACUCAACUUCACCCAGCCAGCUUACCCCCAGCAUGAUGUAGAUACAAGCAGCGAGGGAACAGCCACCUGCACCAGUACUCUGGAGAGAUCCAGUCAGACUCCUAGUCAUAUGUCAGACAUAUUUGAUACAGCGCUUCCCAUUGAAUCAAGGUUACGUUCAACGUCUCUGGACAGUUCCCUCUUCACCUACCGUCACCCACCACCUGCUAGCCAAGUGCCUCCGGUACCGACGGACAAUGCACCCCUCCCUCACUCAUCACCUAUACCCUACCACCAUGCUCCACCCCACUCCACCUCGGUGACAGGGUACCUACCGCCCCCCACCACCACCUCCUCCAUCCACCCCUCACCCAUGGAGGCCGGUGGUGGGAGAGGAGGCGGAGACCCCGGUGCUACCGAAGACUCCAUCUCGCAGAUGACCAACGGGUACCUGGACACUGUGACGUCCAAGGAUCUGGACGACUUCAGUGAUGUUCCAGGACCAGGUAUCACCAGGUCCAAAACCUUUGGAGGCGGAUCUUCAACUGGGAUGGCAAGACCUACAAUGCCGAAGCUGAAUCGCAGUGAAAGUGAUGGUGCUAUGAUGACUCCAAGAAUGGGUCCAUUCAAGAGGAAUUCACUGGAGCGUAAAAGUUUAAGAUUUAAAAAGGUGCAAAGUCAGGGCAGCAGCCGGAGGUCAUCUGAGUCGCGGUCAUCGACCAAGGCUACGAGGAUGGAGAUAAAAGCACUCGAGACACAGGAGGCGCAACUCAAAGAUGAUCUCCUGAGGUAUAGAGAGAUCAAGAGACAGAUGGAAGAAGUUCAGCUGAAAGGUAAUCAGAGGUCUCAAUCCCGCAAGCCUGACAGCGACAUCCUCAAGAAACUUCUGGACAGUGCAGAGCAGGAGGCACUGCGGAAGCAGCAUCUAAGAGACGCAGCAGAACAAAGGCUACCGGCUGAGACCACAUCAAUACCUCAAGCAGAUCUUAUGUUAGGCAAUGGCACCACAACCAUGUCUACAGAGAAGGAGGUCCUAACAUCAGAACUGUGAGCCUGCUGAGAAAGGAAGAUCUUCUAAGGAUCUAAAAAUAUCUCGCAAGGCAGCUGUUACCAGCCUUGUCCUAACUGCAAAGGAACUGAGAUGCUACCUGUGUGACAGGUAACGCUUGUGCCGGUCCUUGGGUCAGAGAGUCUACCUUCAAAUGUGAUGUCGGUAGCCAGCACCUCCUUCUAGGAUCCUUCACCACAAGACAGCUAAUAGCAGCCUCAUCCGACUCCGCACAGAGUCCAAGAUACACCAGUACAGCCUGCAAGGCAGACAGCACUUGUGCUGGUCCUUAGUCAGAUGGUGUGCCCUUAGAUUUGCUGUUGAAAGUCGGGGACCCGUUUCACAAAGCCUUUUUUCAAUGACAAAUUCCAAAAAUCAGUGACAAAUCUGCUGAUAACCAAUCAGAAGCAAGGAUUUCAGUAGCUUAUAACAACAACUGUCAUUUGUCACUGAUGACAAGUUCUGUGAAACGUCCCCCAGGUCCCCAAUAGAUCUUUCAGUUCAAGCCAGCUGCUAUUGGCGACAUCCUGACUCCACACAGAAGCAGAGAUACAUCAGCCUCAUCUCAACCCUGCAACAGAAGCAGAUAAAUGAGAUGCAAGACAGACAGUACUUGCGCUGAUCUUCGGUCAACUUGGCCGACAGGAGAUAGGUCAGGAUGGCAUUUCUCAUGGUGAAUCACAGUAUGUCCUCCACUUGAUCCGCUCAACUCACUCCAACUCGGCUCUGCUACUAUCCAAGAGCCAUGCUCUGAAAUCCGUCUGGAAAAUCUUUGGAGCAACGAAAUAUUGUUCCAGGUGAAGAAACGAUGUUGGUGUUGUAACAAACUUAUAUGGGAGCAUCACAGAAUGUACAUGAUGACUGGUCAUUGCUACAUGUAUUCAUAUGAACAAGAUAUCAACCAGAAUUGAUGAGAUCAUAUCAAAUCUCAUGCAAAUGCUAUGUUGCAUAUCAAGCUGAAAUUCCUUUGGUAUUCACUGGAAUUAAAUUCUAGCUAUUCAUAAUAUAUGCAUAUAUUGAUAAAGGCUUUUAUAAUUGCAAACUUAAUAUACCACAUUCAAAACAACCAGGAAGUUCAUUCUUUGUUUGUGUUUCACAGUAUGGUAGAGUUUGAGAGUGAGAGAAAGAGAUGGUGAGAAAUGACGAUAAUAUUUUUUUCCUUCAAAACUAUCUUCUGCAAUAUUAGAAUUAGAUCACGGCAUUCAGUGCAUCAUAAUGCUUUGUAAUGCUUCUUUUUCCUUUUGUUCAUCAGAAUGAUUUUUUCGUUGUAUAGCUUUCAUUUAAAUUUGCUUUUUCCAUUCCAAUUCAUUCAUUUCUAUCUGUCACAAUUUGAGUUCAAUCUGAUAAAAGCUGCCUUAAAAUAGCUUCUGCUUCAUGAAUUCCAUGCAAAUCGGACGUUUGUCUGUAUAUGUGCUGCUAUUCAACAACAUUCUCAUAUUAUGUUCCGUCUUUCCUGCUUUUCAUGACAAAUGUCGCAUUUUGUGUAGCUUGUAAGAGAAGACUGAUAAGAUGCUUGGCAUUACAAUUGCAAAGAAGCUAAUUUUGCACGUAUAAUUGAUAAUUACAAAUAGUCAAUUUUCUGUUCCAAGGCCAGCAAGGUGUAAACUUUGUGUUAAAGUAUAUGAGUUCACAUCCCUCUGGCUCGCAACAGAAAAUAUGGAAAUUGGUUGAAAAAUUGGAAGAUUUAUCCUGUUGUAAUAAUUUGGUAGAAUUAGCUAAAUUGAAACAAUUUGAUUAUCUCAUCAGACAUGUUCAGAUGAGUGUAAAAAAAGUUAAAAAAUGACAUGUUCGAGAAUGAACACAAAAAAUCAGAUCAAGUGAAAUCUAAUUAAAAAUUUCCUGACAAUCGAGUCUCAAAAAUAUGCUGAAUGUAUUUCAAUCAAGAGUGUAUUUGGAGGGUGCAUUACCAUUGCGAACUUGCUCCUUUGCGACACUCUUUCAUAACAGUAUUCAAGUCAGAAAGUGCAUUAUAUCAAUUGAUUUGUUGGUAAUUGUACAGAACAGAAGGUGUAUGCAUUUGUAUUCAUCUCUUACCAGAGUUCUAAAGGUUUGACAUAGCUGUGCAUAUUUAUUCUGUGUUUGUGACACGCAUAAUGAGCUCUUAUUUGUACAGUGUCUUGCAAGUUUGCAACUCUAUUCAUUCAUUGGUUUUGUAGAAUAAUCUAGAGGAGUGAUUUACUGAAUUACACAUGUAUCUGUACUUUGUAUUAACAUUGUUUCAAUGUAAGCCAAGAUAUAUAGAAUACCAGUAUUAUGUAUAUCCAUCUGACUCGUGCGUAAGUAGAAUAUAUCGCAGUUUCACUCUCAAAAAGGGGCAUUUCUGUUACCAGUACUAACUGUAUGUCAUCCAAUUAGAGAUAUUCUCUUUCCGUUGUUGUCCAGAGGCCAGGGACGCAUAUGAAUAUUCAUGGUUAAUGAAACUUGAUCAGAACAGAUGUAGCAAGCUGGUCCUGUCAGCAUAAUGUUAACAUGAAUAUCAUCACCUUGCUACUAAAAGGGCAUUGCAGUCAUUGGCAAUACAUAACAGCAGUGUCUAUUUUGCAGGGAGCCAACGAUUAUUGUUUUACCAUCUGAAUUUUAAAUGUUCUUGUGACUUGACGACGGACAAUAACCUAGCAUAUUCCAUGUAUUAUAGAUCUACAUUCUUGUAUACCCCAUACCCAGCAGUUAAUAGAUGUAGCUACAUACCCCUACAAGGCCCUCAACUACAAGCCUUGGCAAUUGUUACCGACUUGACAAGUGCCCGUCAAAAUGAGUACUUUGUUUUGAUCGUUCUCUUUGUGAAAUGAUCCUACAUAAGAAAAAUUGUCCGAGGGGGUUCUUAUCGGAGGGAAAAUUGUCUAAGUAGUAUUUAUGCUACAUGUACAUGUAGAUGCAUUGUUGUCCAGAUGGCAGUUUGGCAGGAUGGGAGGGAGGGUAUGGGUGUUCAACAUUGUGGGUUCUCUGCAGAUAUGCUCUACCAGGGUACCAUAUUAUAUGACCAAUGCUGCAGAUUGUUCCUAUAAUUUUCUUUCAGUGAAAUAGCUGCUGAUCAAGCCUUUUGCAUCUGCUGCACUUGCAUUUGAAUAGGCAAAUUGAAUGAGAAUCACCAAGAUUGUGACCUCUGAAGAUCUGAUCAGCAAGAGGUCAUAUUCAUAUUCAUCUCCUGGAGAAAAUAUCCAUGUAAAUCAAUACAGUCAAUGAAAUUGUCACCAAUUCAAAACGUUUGUAGUUUGAGGUUGAAAAUGGGCUACGUUGUAUUAAUAGGACCAUGAUUUUAAAUCUAAUAUAAAAUCUUUGAGUGGGAAGAUCGAAUUUGUGGUAUAAUUAUUUCAACUACUGAUGCAGAUCACGGUCUAGAGUAUAUAGUGGUCUGCGGAUGCUAUACUCGUACAUUUUGAAUUAUGGAAAUGUCAUAUGUCCUAAAAUGUAUCUCAUUAAAUUGUAUUGCUCAGUUGAGGCAUUGUCUGUAGAGGUUGGUUCAUGCAUGUUUCCCAAUCUGUGGUUCUAACACGUGAAACCUGCUUUCGUGAAAACCUGUAUACGAAGACCACUUGUCUAUAAAGACCACAUUUUAUGUUUCCCUUGCAUAGUGUUUCUCAUAGAAAUGUGUACUAAGGGAACCUGUCCAUAAAGACCACUUGCCUACAAAGGUCUUUAUAUUCAGGUUUGACUGCAGCAUUUCUUAACGUCCUUCAUGUACUUCUACUUAUGUAGGUUGCAGUCUCAAACAAUAUGUGAAAUUGUUUAUGCUAAAUCUAUCUGUGUCCUUUGAAGUACAAUGUACAUGGUCAUGUAGAAAGUUGUAUAUGUUUGUGUCUUGAUGCUACGCGAAUGGUCGGAAAAAUGCUGUACUAGGCUUUCAAAAUCAUUUAUCUUUUAUACAAUUUAUGUGUAUAUACUGUUGAAUAACAAAGAGACUUUGGUGUCUUGUCAUGUACAGAUAUUUAUAUAUAUAUCAUUCAAAUUUUCAUAUGUAUUUUUAUAUCAUGAUCAGUCUUUUUUAAUUGUUGAUAUGUACUGUCAUGUAUGAUUGUACUUUGUAAAAAUGUUGACUGUUAUUUACUUACUCCAUAUCUCUCUUUUAUAAAGAGAAUUUGUCAUUAGAUAUGAAACUACUAAAAAUUUGCUAAAUACCAGAAUCUCGCUUUAUGAAGAGGGAUAUCUAAAUGUAGGCCACCAACUUAAAUUGUUUCACAAGUAAUUUGUGACCAGCAAGAGAGUUUGGACAGUGAGAUUUUGGAUGUGUGGAUAGAAAGUUAAAGCGAUGAAUUGGUAUGAGGGGUGAAUUAUGAUUGCUUCUUGACAAAUUUAAUGUUGGCUUACACUGGCUGGACCAAACAAAGCAAAAGUUUUGUUAAAAAUUGUUCUUAUGUUUGUUUUGUCUUAGUCUGUUUUCAUACAAAUGACAUAAAUAUUAUCUGUACAGAAUUUAAUGUUUCCAAAUACUGUUUAUAACAGAUGUACAAAGAAUAAAAUGCUGAAUAACUGUUAAAAAUAAAAA